UGGCUGAGACGAAGAACAGAGAAUCGCGGUGGUGAUGAUGACUGAUGAGAUUCAGUCUGAUUAAGGCGGGGAGUUUUGUGCAGCAGCUGUGAGGAGGGUUUCACCAGAGGCCUCGUUGCUCUGUAUCUGCGCCUGAUUCGGAUGAUCAAGAAACAGGACAUAUUCAAAGAUGAGACAAAACAUAUCUUCAAGAGAUGGUAGAGCCUUUUCUGGUGCUUGAAAUCGCUUCUGCGAUCCUAGCAGCCGUGGUUGGGGCUUUGGUGUACCUUUAUGCACCGUAUUGGGGUGUUAGGCACGUCCCCGGCCCUCCAGCAAUGCCUGUGGUCGGACACCUUCCGUUGCUCACUGAAUAUGGCCCGGACGUGUUCUCUAUUCUUGCCAAGCGCCACGGCCCUAUAUUCCGAUUUCAUAUGGGAAGACAACCACUAGUAAUAGUAGCAAAUGCAGAUCUUUGCAGAGAAGUUGGGAUAAAAAAAUUCAAGUAUUUCUCCAACAGAAGCAUCCCUUCUCCCAUUGCAGCUUCUCCUCUGCAUCAAAAAGGCCUAUUCUUCACAAGGGACGCGAGGUGGUCGACCAUGCGCAAUACGAUCCUCUCCCUCUACCAGCCGUCCCAUCUAGCCACGCUUAUCCCAACGAUGCAAGACUUGAUUGCAUCUGCCACGGAGGAUCUCGGGUCCAAUGAAUUAACCUUCUCCGAUCUCUCCCUCAAACUGGCCACAGAUGUUAUUGGGAAGGCUGCGUUUGGCGUUGAUUUCGGCCUCUCCAAGCCAAGAUCGCGCAGGCAUGAAGAUGGCCGUGUUCAAGAAUUCAUCAACCAGCACGUCUACUCCACGAGCCAGCUCAAGAUGGACCUGUCCGGAUCAUUGUCCAUCAUUUUAGGAGUGCUCAUCCCGAUUCUUCAAGAACCCUUUCGCCAGAUCCUCAAGAGGAUCCCGGGCACCAUGGACUGGAAAGUGGAGCGUACAAACAUGGACUUGAGCAGGCGUCUGGACGAGAUCGUGCAGAGCAGGAUGAAGGAGGAGGCGAACGAUGAUCCGGGCUCGAAGGAUUUCUUGUCACUUAUACUUGGGGCAAGGGAGACAGAGAGAGGUGCCAACAAGGCCUUCACUUCUGAUUAUGUCAGUGCUGUUACCUAUGAGCAUCUCUUGGCAGGAUCAGCAACUACCUCGUUUACACUCUCUAGUGUUGUCUACCUUGUCGCUGGCCAUCCAGACGUCGAGAAGAAGGUUCUAGAGGAGAUCGAUGGAUUCGGCCCUCAUGAGCUAAUGCCUACUGCCCAUGAUCUUCAACACAAGUUCCCUUAUCUUGAUAUGGUCAUCAAAGAAGCAAUGAGAUUCUACACAGUUUCUCCGUUGGUUGCUAGAGAAACAUCAGCAGAAGUUAGCAUAGGAGGCUAUCUACUACCUAAGGGCACGUGGGUGUGGCUGGCACUCGGGGUUCUCACAAAAGAUCCAGUGAACUUCCCAGAGCCGGAGAAGUUCAGGCCAGAGAGGUUCGAUCCAGAAGGCGAAGAGGAGAAGCAAAGGCAUCCUUACGCCUACAUUCCAUUUGGGAUUGGCCCUCGGGCUUGCAUUGGACAGAAAUUCUCAUUGCAAGAGAUCAAGCUAUCCAUAAUUCAUCUAUAUAGGAAAUAUGUGUUCAGGCAUUCUCCACUCAUGGAGAAUCCCCUGCAGCUUGAUUAUGGCUUAGUACUUAACUUUAGACACGGAGUUAAGGUUCGUGCCAUCAAACGUGAUGUAUGAACGAUCCCAGAAUAGAAUAAACUUGAAUAAAAUUAUCAAAAAGUACAGUCUUUUUUUCUCA